UAGGUGAAUCGGUUGGUUGAAGCGAGCCGACUACAAUGGUCGGCGCCGCGAGCCGACUUCGAUCGCCAUUGACGCGGUGUGCUUCGAGCACUCACCUCGAGGUCGACCAGCCUCGCUCCAACUCGAUUGACAUCUCCUCCCCCCUUCUUCUUCUUCUUCUUCCUAUAAAUCUUCCUCCGUCGAUCGAACUCUUUUGAAGUAGGGUUCUUCCGCCGCCACCAGCCAUGGCCGAUUCCAAGGAGGAGAAUCACAGCACGGGCGGGUGGAUGUCGGUGCCGGCGUUCGGAGAGUGGGACACCAAGAACGGCGUGCCCGACUACUCCAUGGACUUCUCCAAGAUCCGCGAGAUGCGCAAGCACAACAAGAACCCCUCCCGCGCCAGCCUCGGCAACGAGGAGGAGCUCAGCAAGCUCGCCGGCAACGGAUCCGAGGGAGAGGAUCGCCACCGUCGCCGACGUAGCGAUCCCGAAUCGAAUCUCCACCGACCCCCCAUCCACCACAGCCACGGUUCCCCUACCUCGAUCAUGAAUGAAACACCACAAAGCAAAGGGAAGAAAGUACCAGUCAAAGCACUAGGGACAAUAAAGAGUGGCACCAAAAAAGAGGAGGAAGAAAUUCAGGGAGUACUUCCAGUGUUGUAUAGGUGCAUGAGUGGCACUUGCGGCUGUAUGCAACCGCACAGGACCAAGUUCUCUCGUUUGAAUGCUAAUGGUGUUAUUUGCAAGUUCUAAAGGACAGCCCGAUGCAUGAUCAUACGGAGUCUCGGGGAAAGAUCUAUUGUACACAAUCUUACUCUUCUUUUUGUAAGAGGUUGUUAUUUGCAAGUUCUCUAAUAAAAAAAAUAUUGUAAAAUAAAUUAUAUGUUACUGAAAUUCUGACUCUUGACUCUUCAA